AUGAGUCAUCUACUCUGGAAGCACUACUGGGAACACGAUGUCGACAAGUUUCGGCGUCUGCUGGCACCAGCCGGUUACAGCACCCAGUUACCGAGCAGAAGCCCAGUGGUAGCGGCCAGUGGUUCUUGGGGGAACAGUCCCGGCUCGCACGCUGCUGGCACGUCCCCCAAGGCUACCAAGUCCCGCAAACCCUCUGGCUUUGGUCUCAACCUCGGCGGCGCCAGAGGUUCUGCCGGGGCGGCACUGGGAAAGGCCGAAGUCAACAGUCGCGACCACGCCGGCCUCACCCUCCUUUUGCGCGCCGCGUCAUCCACCGAUCCCGAUGCCAUCCUCUACGUCAGCGCCCUUCUCGACCACCCGGCUAUCGAUCUUCACGCUCAGGAUCUUGAGAGUGGCUGGAAUGCCCUCCACAGAGCCCUGUAUGCCGGCAACAUCUCCAUCGCUCGCCUGCUGCUCGACAAGGAAAGGAGAAUCCUGACCGAACAGACUGCUGGAAAUGCCGUGGCGAAGGUUGGCCAGCUUAUCAAGACGAAGGACAACGAAGGAAACAGCCCAUUCGACGUGUACAACUCUACUAUUGGUACGCGCAAUAUCAAGGAGCCUGGGAACUCGAAAAACGAAGGCGAGGCCCACGACAGCGAUUCAAACUCAGACGACGAUGACAACCUUGCAAUGUCCGUCUCUACCCUUGAAGCUGCGACAGAGGGCGAGGAGAUCUUCAUGUUUGGAAGUAACAAGAACCUUUCGCUCGGAGUUGGCGACGAAGAUGAUAGGCAGUUUCCCGAGAGGGUCAUCCUGAAACGACCCGAUCACCUUCUCCAGCGGUUCUAUGGCGAAUACCUCGAGAUGGUCAAAGAUGAUCCGUCGGCGAUCUCUCCGUCUUCUCGGGAUGACCCUCCGGCUCUUGACCAGAUUCCGGCCCUCACCAAGAAUCGGCCCAUGUAUAUCCAAGACGCUGUUCUUGCCAAGUUCCAUACAGCCAUCCUUACCACUGAUUCCGUUUCCAACAUGUAUGUUUGCGGCGUUGGGCGCAGCGGCAGGCUGGGUCUCGGCGAUGAAAACACGCAGUUUCGCUUCCUUCCCGUCCAAGGUAGUCUGGCCGACAAGAAGGUGACCCAGGUUGCUUUGGGCCAGAACCACACCAUGGCUGUGACCGACGGCGGGGAGCUCUGGACCUGGGGAUCCAACGUCAAUUCUCAGCUCGGUUAUUCUCUACCGCCUGCCCGGCAGGACAGGGAGCCGAUGAGUGUCAUUCCUCGACAAGUCUUCGGUCCUCUCAAGAAGGAGGUCAUUUUGGGUGUUGCUGCCUCGGCUGUUCACUCAGUCGCGCACACGGCAACCUCACUUUUCUGUUGGGGCAAAAACCUGGGCCAGCUGGCGCUCAUGGACGCCGACUCUAGAUCCCUCGAAGUGCAAGUUGCGCCGCGAAAAGUAGCAGUCUCUCUAUUCUCCUCUAAUAUAGUUGCUGUUUCUGCCAUCGACAAGGCCACGACAAUCCUACUGGAAGACGGCACCGUGUGCGUAUUCACUAGCUACGGAUACAACUUUGUCAAAUUCCCGAUCCCGGAUGUCUUCGCGAACCAGCAAUUUACGCCUCGGUCCAUGUCUAGUCGGUAUGACAUGUCGAGGAACUCAAUCAAAGCGAUCACUUCAGGAGGAGAUUCUAUCGCUGCCCUGACAACGAGAGGCGACGUUUUCACUGUUGCGCUGAACCAAAGAGCAGAGGCAGCCCCUCAAGCGGCCUCGACGACGAAUCCUGCGAAGAUCAAGGGCGCCCUCACAGCUCCUCAGUGCAUCUGGAACGCGCGGAAAGACGGCGCCAGGUCAAUUGGCGUCGGCGAACAUGGUUCUGUCAUCAUCUGCACGGAUUCUGGUGCCGUCUGGCGCCGCAUCAAACGCAUGAAGGCCAAAGACACCAGGCUAUCAGGACCAUCAGGCAACAAGCGCAACGACUACAAGUUCCAGCGAGUCCCCAGCGUCACCAAUGCUAUCGCUGUCCGAAGCUCUCCGUUUGGCGCCUUUGCGGCCAUUCGCAAGGACUGUGAUGUUAUGAGAGAGCAGAUCAGUAUCGACGGGCAGACAUUGUGGGCGAACAUAUCGCCGUUGUCAGCGCUCAGGAGUUUCCAGGCAUCUGAACCUCUUCACGGCCACAAGAAUAGCUCGACGUUGGGAGAUCCUGAGAUCUGGAGGGAGCGACUGGGGGAUCUUCCUUAUGAGCUCCUUCAAUCUUCGAACCUCAAUGCCGACCUGGAGAAGCACCUGCACUUCACAUCGCCUCAGCACUCAGGGCUCGACGUACUCAUCUGCACCUCAACAACUCCCGAGAUCAAGGUUCCCAUCCACGGAUGGCUCAUCUCGGUGCGGAGCAGUGUCGUGCGAGGCGCAUUGGCUGAGUAUCGCGCCCAUGGCCGAUAUGAAAUGCCGGAAACUCUACUGAUAGAAGAGCAUCAAGGAAAAGCCUUGAUCAUCUUCCAGUCGCUUGAUCUUCUCUCUAUCAUCAACCUUAUUGUUUACUGCUACGACGAUGUUGUUGUUCCUGCAUGGAACUUUACGCGCCAAUCAUCGCAGGCACCUCGGUACCGCCAGAUCAGGAACGAACUCAUGAAACUCGCCACCAAGCUUCACAUGGCGAAACUCGAGGUUGCUGUGCGUCUUCAAACGAGCACCGAGCGAUCUUUGGAUCAAGAUAUGAAAAGCGCCAUCCGAGACGUAGAGUUUUUCGAUGAUGCUGAUGCCAUGGUCGAGCUGGAAGACGACGAAGUACGUGUACACAGCCAGCUCCUCCGUCAACGCUGUGCCUUCUUUGAGGGGCUGUUCCACGGUCGAUCAGGGGGCAUGUGGCUAGCAGGCCGGCAGCAUGUCCUUGAGGAAGAGGAUCUUAUUCGAGUAGAUCUUGAGCACGCCGACCCCGAAGCGUUCCAAUAUGUACUUCGACACCUUUAUGCCGAUGUAGGGCUCGAGCUCUUCAACGAUGUCAUCUCUUCUGAUCUCGACGAGUUCUCGGACCUUGUGGUGCGGGUCAUGAGCAUCGCCAACGAACUGAUGUUGGACAGGCUUUCGCAAAUCUGUCAGCACAUUAUUGGACACUUCGUCAACACAAGGAACAUCGGCUUGCUGUUGAAUGAGAUCAGUCCCUGCUCCGUCACUGAGUUCAAAGAUGCUGGGCUGGAAUACGUUUGCCUUCAGAUGGAGACCAUGCUGGAGAAUCACUUCCUGGAUAACCUGGACGAAGAACUGCUGAGUGAACUGGACGACGUCGUCCGCCAGAACCAAUUGGCACGGUAUCCAAUUGCUCGUGGUGGGCGGGCUGAAAGACUACUGUAUGAGCUCUAUCCCGAGCUGACGCUUGAUAUCGAGGAGGAGCGUAUCAUACGAGUCAAGGAGAUGGCAUUCAAAGCUGCCACAGAUGACCGAAAGACUUCGGUCCCGUACCGCACCCGAUUCGGCAGCGUUGAAGAUGUGUCAGGAAUUUCCCCCAUCCAGGGCAUCGAAAAGACGAGACGCAAGUCCAAGGUCAAUCGGAACGAACCUUUCAGUCCUAUGCUUCGCCCGAAGGAUUCGCACGCUGAUCUCAUGUUCGAUAUGGAUGAGGAAGCACCUCCUAUCAGUGCAAGUCCGCUGCGGUCUCCGGGACAAAAACUCCCCAAUGCUCAACCUUCUCUCUCCAAAGGAAGGGUUGAUGAGAGCACCAAGGCCUCCCCUCAGCCCAACUCAUUGAACAUAGCCGAAUCGGCACGGUCUCCGGGCUCUGUAUCUCCUCUAGCCGGUCCAACGCAGUCGCCAUUUACUCCGAAAACACCAAGAGGAGCGGGCAAGGACAAAACUCUGGCAUCGAACAGUCCCUGGGGCGCAACACCUCUGUCGACCUCCAAGCUAGACCUGCGCGAGGUCAUGACGGCUACGCCACCAAAGUCGGCUCUCUCGGCAAGCUUGGCCGCGCAGAACACCAAGGAAUCGUCGCCUCGAGCUUCUCAGCCCAGGAUGUCCCAGAAAGAGAGGAAGAAGCAGCAGCAAGCGCAGGCUGCUGUGCAAGCCGCCCAGGAACUUGAAGCUCGUCAUCCUAAGGCUGCCUGGGAACCCGAGACUUCUGCGAACAAAUUGGCGCCAUGGAAAGCUGUCGAAUCGGGUCCCAAGGCGUCACUCAAGGAUACGCUGGCAUCAAGCUCGGCGGCCAAGCCCACCCCUCCAGCCGCUGUGCCCAAGGCGAAGCCGCUCGUUGCCGCUGAAACUGCUCCCUCAAAGUCGAUUCGGCGCACCGCGUCUCCGGACACGCGUUUCUCAGGACAGAGCCGCAAGAACAGCUCACCGGCUGUGCCGACGGCAUCUACAGCACGAGACUCACCGAAACCAUUGGUGCCACAUUCCAAGUCAUACAUGACGCCGGCACGCAAGACCGAGUCGUACCUUGGGUUGGGUAUGGAGGACAUUAUCGUGCAGCAGAGGCUUGAGCAGGAAGCGGUCCGCGAGGCCGUGGCCAAGCGGUCAAUGCAAGAAAUUCAGCAGGAGCAGGAAUUUCAGCAAUGGUGGGAUCUGGAGAGCCGGCGGAUCCAGAUGGAAGAGGAGGCACGGCAGUCACCGAGAAACGCGGCAUCAGGCGGGAAAGACAAAGACAAGGCCACGCGGGGUGGCAAACGGGGGCGCCGGGGUCGCGGCGGCAAAAGCGGAGGCGAGGGCCAUGCUGAUCAGGGCCAAGGAGGAGCGGGUGAUAGCACAACUGCACCCAGGGCGGGUGCCCGGGAUGUGCAGAUCGGAGGCUUAGAGAAGAUGGCUGGGUAUGAGACCCGCAGUACAUCAUUGUUGCAUUCCGUCCAGAACGGCUGCAACGUCGGAGUUUUCAACGGGGGAGCUCUCUACCUGCAUCUGAAAUACCACUUAUAG